AUGAGAGUGUUUACCAUCUUUGGAGUGCUGAUUGGCCUUGUGGUCGCCCAAGAGACGGGCAACCAUCCAGAAUGGCAGCGAUGGUGUGGUAAGGCCUAUCAGCCGCACUUUGAACCUGGAGGCCAGACCGUCGAGCCGGACAAGCUCCCUGGCGGCCCGGCUCUCGAUAUCCAGUUCAAGCCCCGGUACAGCAUCUAUCUGGAAAGCGAGAAGCAGGCGGAAUUCGUUGUCAACGCGGGCAUUUCCAAGUGGCACGGCCAGCCGUGGCCAAGCCUGAGCACUCCCGGUGCGGCCCCUCGGGUCGUCUUCACAAUCAACCUCGUAUCCAACAAUGACCUUCUUGUGUCGGACAGCGUCAAUGUCAGCACCACCGGCAACGUCUUUGCUUUCAAUCUGAGCAAUCUCCAACCCAGCCUCGAUCCAUACGAGGUCGUCCUCUUUGGGGCAACGGAAGACGGCGCCUCCAACGUCACUGUCACAAGUGAACUUAUGUUUCUUCCGGAAAAGACCAAAGGCAGCGUAGCAAAGUUGGACAACCUGAAUGGUGGCUUUUUGUUCCGCAGCCCAGCCACCGGGAACAACUUUGAGCCAUUCCUCCCCUAUGGGUACUACGCCUCUUGCGACAGAUUCCUCUGCGACAAGGACUACAUCCAAAAGGUCAAGGCGUACAAGGACCUGGGGCUGAACAGCAUGGUGUCGUUGACGACGGUGCAAAACUCGCGCGCGACAUACGAAUACAUGGAUACCCUGGACCUGCGCUACAUGUAUGACUUGAGAGGCUCGUAUAAGAACCUGACGGCGGUUGAGGAGCAGGUUUCUGUGAUUCGGGAUUUUGAGGGCCUCUAUUCGUACUGGGGCGCGGAUGAGCCCGACGGCCACCAAGAUCCCUUUGAUCUCCUCCCCGAGGCGCGCCGUCUCAUCCGCCAGCUUGACCCCUACCACCCCGUCUCCGUCACCCUCAACUGCCAAAACUUCUACUACAAGGAGUAUACGGCGGGCGCCGACUUUGUCAUGGAGGACGCGUAUCCCAUAGCCAUCAACAGCACCUUUAGCAAAUGGGGCACGCCCUGCAACACAACCUACGGCGACUGCGGAUGCGACAACUGCCAGGGCAACGUGCAGGAUGUGCCGAACCGCCUAGAUGACCUGCUUCAGUACGAACACUGGCUGGGGCUCUGGCCAAAGACGAAGGCGCACAACCCGCAGGCUUUCCACGGCGAGGACUACUGGUUCAGAGACCCCACGAAUGAGGAGGAAGUCGCCAUGAACGCGCUGGGGUUCAACCACGAUGCCAAGGUGAUUGCCUCGUGGGUGUGGCCAUUUAGCGAUUCUCUCGGCCAGAUCAUGGGCAAGUUUGGAUCGGCAGUCGCAAAUCAACCCGCGAGGGACUUGAUCGUCACGGGGAAAGCGAAACGCGUACACGUCGAGGGCCACCGUGUUGUUGACGCAGCGUACUGGGCUGGCGAGACGCAGGUGCUGGUAUCGGUCGUGAACGGCGGUUAUGAGGCCAUCGACGGUGAGGUUUCAAUCCCCCUGCCCAAGCUCUUUGCGCUCCAGACCAAGGAUGCUAUUGUCUGGGGCAACGGUACGUGGGCACUGGGCGAUGGAGAGGUCCGUCUAUCUAAGCAGAGCGCCAUGGCGACGAAUAUGAUCAUCCUGGGUGUGGGCAAGGGAAAGAGCAAAAGGUAG